UUUACUUUACUGUAGUCAUGAAAAAAGCGUAGGUCAUCAAGCAUCAUCAUUCCCAAAUUGAAGAACUCGAAUCGUCUAGUAACUUAACAGCUGAAGUUUUGAUCUUUGGGAAAUUGCAAGAGUGUGGCUGGAAAAGUUAGGAGCUCUGGUAAAUGGGGAAGCCUUUGUUCUAUGAGAUCUUGGAGAAGCCAGCAACUAGUUGCAUCAUAGGAAUAUGCAGUGCUAUUUGGUUCUACAUACGGAAGAAGAAUAUUGGAUACUCACAUGUUGGUCUGAGCUAUGAGACUGUCAUUGAAGGGCAUUAUUGGAGGAUCAUCACCUCUGCAUUCUCCCAUAUAAGGGUUAUUCAUCUUGUUUUUAACAUGAUUGAACUUUGGUUUCUUGGGGGGGCGGUAGAGGAAUUAGGGCACUUGGGUCUUGGUGUUGAAUACUAUUUGCAAUACACACUUGUAUUGGUUGUUUUAUCAGGGUUGCUGGUUCUUGGAAUGUACCACAUAUUGAUUCAGAGAUUUAAACUGGAGUAUUUUCGCCGAAUUCCAGCUGUUGGUUAUUCGUGUGUUGUAUUCGGGUGGCUGACAAUUCUUGCUGUUAAGCAGCCUUCCUCCAAGUUGGAUAUCUUUCGAUUCUUUUUGCUUCCAAUCAGUUUCGCACCGUUUGAGUCGCUUGUUUUUACUUCGAUUAUUGACCCUCGGGCAGGUUUCCUUGGCCAUUUAUCAGGAAUUGUGAUUGGAUAUGCUAUAGCAUCGGGUUUGAUUCAUGGUAUGAACAAUUACUGGGCACUCUCCUUGUUGGGUUGGAUCAUACUUGUCUUCAUCUUGAGCUUGAAGACAUCUGGUGCUGUUGACUUCAACUUCCUUGAGAUCGAAUCCGUGACUGAUCCAUCCUUAUCGUCGGUACGGUUUUUGGGAUCAGACAAAAAUCACUACCUUAACUACCAUUUGUAGUUUAAAAAUCUUAAUAACGCAUAUAAUGAAAUUUUUAGAGGCUUAACAUCACAAACAAUUAUUUAUUUUUCAAAGAAAUUAAAUUUUCAUUCACUAACUUCUUUGGAUGGAAUCAGCAAUAUAGACAAUGUCAUCUAACUAAUAAAUACGAUUUGGGUAGUCUUCUAUUUCCACGGUUUGAAUGUUGUGAUUUUUUUGGGUGGAGGGAGGAUUUGGUGAAAUGUAAUUCAAAACGUGAGUUCGAAUUGCUUAUAUAUGUAUUUAUAUACUAAAUCAAAGCUAAUGAAUUUGAUUUACCACUAGUAUACGUUGCAUGUAAAUUGAAUUCACUCAAAUCAGUUUACUAGAGACACAAAUCAUGGAUCUAAUUUA